GUAGAGACGAUCUUCGUAACAAACAUGGCGGCGCUCAUGUGAAUGUCAUGCAAUUGUAACGAAUUACUUGAAUGUCCUUAUUUUAGCAGCAAUUAGUGAAUCGUUAAAGUUCACAUGCAAACUAUAUAUCGUAGAGGUGUACCUUCACUCACCCUAGACGCCCAAAAAGUGGGAUAAUUUGUUCAGUAGCGGAGCUGAUCUCUUCCUAGCAUUAGCUUAGAAGUAGACACGUUUCGACGGGUUCACCAUGGAUCCUGACCAACAGCUGAGAAAUCUUCGAGACUUCCUUCUGGUUUACAACCGCAUGACUGAAAUCUGCUUCCAGCGAUGCACCAGCAACUUCAACUACAGACACCUUACGAUGGACGAGGAGCGCUGUGUAGAGAGCUGCGCAGGGAAGCUCAUUCGUUCUAACCACCGCCUAAUGGGGACCUAUGUGCAGCUGAUGCCUCGGAUGGUCCAGCGACGGAUGGAGGAGCUGGAGAGCAAAGCUGCUGAGAAUGCCAAGAUGGCAGCAGAAGCAUCUGGAGCUGCUGGGACGGAAGUGGCAGCGGCUUCAUCAGCACUUCAAGCUCCCAGCACCUCAUCUCCACUUCCAGCUGAGCUUAAUGCUUCUGUAUCCAAAGCCACAGCAGCCUCAGAACUCAAAUUAUCAGCUACCACACCACACACUCCCACAAAUGAAACACUAAAUCCUUCAGUGCUUGAUAAAGCUGGCAUUGGACCUUCAUAUACAGCAGGAUUUCCUCAGCCUCCAACAGCUGGUGGCCAGAUUGAUUGUGAGAGCUCUGCAGCACUGUUUUCACCAUCUAAAUCUGCAUCCUUUUCAGAAGAUGCAUCUGUCUUAACAGUAGCACCUAAGUCAGAGAGCCUAUCAGGAAAAAAGAGCCCCCCAGAGGUUCCCCCUCUGUCAGGCCAGUAACGACGGCCAGUGUGGGACAAUCUUAGUUCAGAUUUUCACACUGUGACAUAGAGUAUGUUACGUAACCAUUUUUGACUAAAGUCUACCAAAUGUCAGCAUUUGCUGCUUUUCUCUGAUUUUAUUCUUUAUUCUUUUUUUUUUGACUCAGCAGGAAAUUAAUCCCAAAUCAAUCAUCGAUCAUGACACAUUUCAGCUUUGGGACCUUGUCAUCGAUCAGGAAUGUCAUGAAUUAUUUUUGGUCAAAGGGCAUGAGGAGGAAUGUCACUCAUAAAUUUCAAUUGUGUAGCAAUUUUAUAACUUCUGACACAGUAGUGGGAAAAAAAAAAUGUAGUAAAAAUGUGAACAUUAAAAGGCUGCCCUGUAAAAUGUUAUGCUGUCUGCUAACAUAAGGGG